AUGUAUAUUUUCUUUUUUGCUUUGAGAGUCCUUUUGGCAGUAUAAAUAUCUAAUAAUAAAAGAUAAUACCAUAAGCACUUCCUUAUGCUGAUGAAAUGUGGUAAGGUCCUGAGAUAGCUCAUAAUGAUGUUUUUGGAUAUGGAUGGCUAACAUGGGAAUGGACUAGGGAUUAACCAUUAAGAGGCCCAAUUUAUCAUAGUUUAUUUAGUUUAUUGUAUUGGAUAUUGAGUAAACUGAAUUUAGAUCAUCCAUAAAUAAUUGCUUAUGGUCCUAGAAUGUAUAAUAUUGAUUUAUAAACUUUUAGAUUAUAAUGUGCAAUAUCAGCUAUUUAUGAUAUAUAUUUGAUUAAAUUACUUACAUUAGAGGGAAUAAGAAAUAAAUUAUAUAUAAUUUUGGUAAAUUAUACCCUUUGGUUUUCUUUGAAUUGUUUUUCAAAAACUCUUAUAAAUACUUUUGAAACAAUUCUCUUUACAUUAGCUUUAUAUAAUUGGGUCUAAUAUUUAUAAACUAAUCAUAACAAAAACAAUUUGUUAUGUAGAUUAUUAGUUAUUGUGAAUGUUAUGGCACGUCAAUCAUCAAUAAUUCCUUGGAUAUUUAUAUGGGUAAUUAAUUCAUUAUUAUAUCAUAUUAGCCUUAUCAUUUAAUAACUGCAAAAACUAAUCUAAAGGGAAGAUUUUAAAUUUUAGUAAUAAAUGGUAUAACUCUACUACUAUUAAUUAUAUUAUCUAUUUCAGUUGAUUCAUUAUAUCAUGGAAAAUUAACUUCAACAUUUUACAAUUUUUUAGAGUUUAAUUUAUUGUCAGGAAUGAGUUCUUUUUAUGGAGUUCAUGAUAGAUUAUGGUUUAUAACAUAAGGUUUACCAUAUGUAUAACUUGGUUGGGUGAUUUCAUUUAUUAUUGGAAUGUAAUAUUAAUAUUAAAAUUAGCUAUUCUUAUAUUAAUAAAGGGAUAUUCAGUGCAUAACCACUUAGAUUAAUAUAUUAUAUGAUUUUCACUAUUUUAAUGUUGAGUCUAUCAGCUCAUAAAGAGGAUAGGUUCUUACUUCCAUUAUUCCCUAUCAUUAUUUAUUUUAUAUGUUUAGGUUUAGAAUAUUUAGAUAAAAUUAAAUGGAAAAAGAUAAAAAAGAUAAUAAUAUUAUUAGCUGUAAUUUCUAACAUAUCUUUUUUUGUUCUAAUGAAUACAUAUUAAGAUGUUGGAGCCUUGAAAACUAUGUCAAUUUUAAGAUAAAGGAAUGCUACUGAAGUCUAAUUUUUCACUUAAUGUCAUCGAACUCCAUUUUAUAGUUUUAUACAUAAGAAUAUUUCUAUGACAUUCCCAGAUUGUUCUCCAACUAAUGAUGUUACAUCUUUGGAAACUUAUCAAUUGCAUUAAGAUUCUGCUAAAUAUAUUUAAUAGAAAUUAUAACAAUCUAAAUUACCUUCUCAUAUUGUAAUUUAUAAUUAUUUAAUGAAUGAUAAUGUUAAAAAAUUAUUAGAUAAAUAUGAUUAAGUAUUUAUAUAAUUUAUUAAAUAUAGAUUGAAUCAAUUUACCAUUAAUAUUAUACAGAUACUUAUUUUGAAGAUUAAAAGAAUAUAUAUAUAAAUAUAUAUGAAUUACACUAAUGA